GUGUUUCAGUAUAUAAUUAAACAUCUGAACACGACAAUUCAAAAAGGGGACCAGAAAGCAAUAAGAAUAAUUAAUUUUUAGUAUAUAUGACGAAGAAGUGGAAUUCAAUAUUCUGAAACAGAGAAAAGGAAUAGAUUACUCAAUAAUCAUAUUCAUCAUCAUGAAUCAUUGUACGGUACCAACUUGGAAUCCAAUGCAUCAAAGACAAGAACAAGUCGUAGAAGCAGAAGAGGCUAACAAAUAUCCUCACGUGCAUAACCAGCAGAAUCCAAUUAAUCAUUUUCUCCCCAUGUCUAGUAAGUGUGAAGAAGUUGCAGAGCUGACAUGGGAAAAGGGGCAGUUAGGAAUGCAUGGACUAGGGGGCAUACUCUCCAUGUCACAAGCAAAACAGACACUGGGAAGAACCGGCGAUACAUUAGAGUCCAUUGUGCAUCAAGCCACACACCACGGGAAGAAUCAGACUUCAAUUCAUCAAAAUUAUGACCAAAAUGAUGAUCAGGAUCUGAAAAUUGGUGUGCUGUGUAGUGGAGGAAAAUGGGGUGAGAGUUCACAAAAAAUGGCGCCUCCUCGAGCAACAGUGUUUGCUAAAAAGAGGAUGAGACCAUCAGAAUCUGACCCCCAAUAUGUCGGAGCUGGUGAUCAUGAGUAUGCAGAACGUAGCGCGUGUGCAAGUGCCAGCGCUACCUUCUAUAGGGAGAAUGACACCACCAUGGUCACAUGGCCUUCCUUUGAUGAGUCUUCGCGUAGCAUCAAGUCCAAAACCACUUGUGAUGAAGAUUCUGCUUGUCAUGGUGGUGGCUCGCAGGAAAACAAGAAGGAAGAACAUGAAACAAAAAGGUCCAACUCAUCAAGACGUAGCCGAGCAGCAGCUGUUCAUAACCAGUCAGAGCGGAGACGCCGAGACAGAAUUAACCAAAGGAUGAAAGCUCUGCAGAGAUUGGUACCAAAUGCAAGUAAGACAGAUAAAGCAUCAAUGCUUGAUGAAGUGAUAGACUACUUAAAGCAACUACAAGCGCAAGUUCAAUUGAUGAGCAGUACUGCAAGAAACAUAGCACCACAAAUGACAAUGCCUUUUGGAAUGCAUCAACAUAUUCAGAUGUCAUUACUAGCGAGAAUGGGCGUUGGUGUUGGUCUUGGCAUGGGCAUGGGGAUGUUUGAUAUGACUGCUUUAGCUCGCGCUGCUGCUGCUGCCACAACCACUGAUCAGUCUCUUCCCACUAAUAUUCCAUUCAUCUCACCAGGAGCCUUUGGCCUGCAGCCUGCAGCCCCGGCUAUUAUUCCUUCAGCCACACAAGCUAAUACUGUCGUCAGGGCUAAUACUGUUAUCCCUGACGUUACCAAUACUACCACCAAUUCCGCCCCUUUUACUAACCCUUGUAGCGCUUUUCUACCUCAAUCGAUGGACAUGGACUACUUCAACAACAUGGCAGCUUUGUAUCGGCAGCAAUUAGCUAAUCAAUCUGCGGAUAUAACAGGCAGCAAGUUGAACCAGGGGACUAGACCAAACAGAUCAUAGAAACUGAAAGUUUUUUUUAAUUCUAUAAUUUGUAGUACGUAUUAUCGUUUGUAUCCAAGAAUUGCAAGGUUUUAGAUAUUAGGUGGCAAUAUGUAUACAGUAUAUUGCUCCUCCAAUAUAUAUUUUUCCAUAGUUAACAUGAGACUAAUAGUGCAAGUUAAGUGUACCUAUUUCAAUAUUAGGAGCCCGUUUGGAUGACUUAAAAAAAAUAAC